GUCAAUUAUUUAUUUUGUUAUGGUAAUAAUUUUCUCUCCCGUUGAAUGAACUUCCUUUGUUUUGUCACAAUCUUUCUUCUAUAUGCAAAUUUUGCAUCCACUCUUUAUUUUUCUGGUUAAUAGAGAGAAAGCAAAACAGUGAGUGCACCAAAACCCAAUCCAAAAUCUCUAUGAAUCUAUAGUCAUUUUUGUUUCUUCCAAUUUGACCUCAUUUUCGCGCUAAAUCUUCGUUCUUCGCCAUGAGAAUUGGUUCUCCUUCUUCUUCUUCCUCUUCCUCCGGUUGUUCGCGUUUCUGGUCCUCGGCGCUCCGAUCAAAGCGCCUUAUGUCGCCGGCGGAGAAGGCCGCCCGCGAAAGCUCCGACCUCGGCCUCUCCCGCCGCCUCGGCGUCCUCGACCUCGUACUCCUCGGAAUCGGCGCCUCCAUCGGCGCCGGCAUCUUCGUCGUCACCGGCACCGUCGCCCGCGACGCCGGACCCGGAGUAACAAUAAGUUUUAUACUUGCGGGAGCAUCGUGCGUUAUAAAUGCUCUCUGUUAUGCUGAACUAGCUACCCGAUUUCCUGCUGUUGUUGGAGGAGCAUAUCUGUAUGCGUACACAGCUUUUAAUGAACUUACAGCUUUUCUUGUUUUUGGACAAUUGAUGCUUGACUAUCACAUUGGGGCAGCUAGUAUAGCGAGAAGCCUAGCCAGUUAUCUAAUAAAUAUUCUAGAACUCUUCCCUGUUUUCAAAGAUAACAUUCCAAAAUGGAUUGGGCAUGGUGAAGACAUUGGAGAUGUGCUAUCCAUCAAUGUCUUGGCUCCAAUUCUGCUAGUUCUUCUGACUUUUAUUCUCUGUCGGGGUGUUCAAGAAUCGUCUGUUGUGAAUUCUCUUAUGACAGUGACCAAGAUAAUCAUAGUUAUCAUUGUCAUUUUUGCUGGAGCAUUUGAGGUUGACGUUUCCAACUGGUCUCCCUUUGCUCCAAAUGGUUUAAAAGCCAUAUUUACGGGAGCUACUGUAGUCUUCUUUGCUUAUGUUGGAUUUGAUGCAGUUGCAAAUUCUGCUGAAGAAUCUAAGAGGCCUCAGCGGGAUUUGCCAAUAGGCAUAAUAGGAAGCCUCUUAAUAUGUAUUGCAUUGUACAUUGGAGUUUGCCUGGUGAUUACUGGAAUGGUUCCAUAUAAUCUUCUAGGAGAAGAUGCUCCUUUGGCUGAAGCUUUUUCGUCUAAGGGAUUAAAAUUUGUUUCUAUUCUGAUUAGUGUUGGUGCUGUUGCUGGACUUACAACAACACUCCUUGUUGGUCUAUACGUUCAGUCUCGGCUAUAUCUUGGGCUUGGCAGGGAUGGCUUACUACCCUUAGUAUUUGCUAAAGUCCACUCCAAAUACCACACCCCUGUUCAUUCUCAGAUCUGGGUUGGCUUGGUUGCCAGUGUUUUGGCUGGGCUAUUUAAUGUUCAUGUGCUCUCUCACAUUCUUUCCGUUGGUACACUGACUGGCUAUUCGGUUGUCUCAGCAUGUGUUGUCGUUCUUCGCUGGAAGGAUAAGACAAAUAGUCAAGUGUCAUCUUCUGCUGAGCGGGAAGGCAUAAUUUGCCUCAUUGCUGUUGCUCUUUGUGGAUUUGCUAGUGGGCUCUUGUACCGAUAUGAUGCUUCAUUUAUUUUUCUGAUUCUGGCUUUAGUUAUUGCAGUUGGUGCUUCAGCUGCUCUUGUUUUCCGCCAGAACACAUUGAUGGUUGUAUGUGUCAAGUACACGAAACGGAGAGGCAAUCUCAAGGUUUAUGCAGAUGCACCAGGGUUUUCUUGCCCAGGGGUUCCCCUUCUGCCAAAUAUUUGCAUCUUUUUUAACAUGUUCUUAUUUGCCCAGCUACAUCAUGAAGCAUGGGUGAGAUUUGUGAUUCUUUGUGUUGUCAUGGUUGGUGUUUAUGCAAUAUACGGUCAAUAUCAUGCUAACCCCAGUGCAGAAGAGAAUGUCUAUCAAAGGGCACUAGAGGAAGAAGCUCUAUGAGUCAUUUGUUCAAUAUUAUACAAUGUGUGUUCAUUGGGGGCUGGUUAAAAUUUUGAAGUAAAUUAGCUAUUAGUCCUUCUGUUAGGAAUGUCCAUCUUAUAUGAAUAACUAUCUGGCUAUACUCACUACUAGAUUGUAUAUGAUAUGGUCAGGUAGCAUGUAUAUGAUGUAUGUCUUGUUUUCUACUUCAUAGAAAAAGAAAAAUCAUCAUGUAUUUUAUGCAAAUUUUAAGUUGAUCCAUCUUUUGCAUAUGUUGAGGCCUAUCAUUUUUCAAAGAGAGUCUGCCCCAUUAAAAAAUUUGAUAUGUAAUAAUUUAAAGUUGUGUGUGUGUAACAAGGCUAUUUCGAGCUGACAGUUGAAGGUGAGUUUCGUUUGAAAGAUGAAAUCAUCAAA